AUGACCACCGCUUCCUUGGGACUGGAUCAUUCAUGUGUACUCAGAAAGUAUGAGCUACAAAUGAGACAACAGCCGGUCCAAGCUCGUAUGUGCGGUGUAGGAGAGAAAUCCGACCGUCGCCCUGUCGAUCCUACGCCAAUCAUCCAGCUCAAAGUCAUUGAUACUGACGCAGACCCAUUAAGACGUCCUGAUUCAGGCCCUCACGGCAUGACUUACAUGCAAAAUCCAUACUACUUUCUCUUUGCCUGUCUGGUCGGCGAUGAAGACAACGAGCUGCAUGUCAUCGACGAUGGCAAGACCCGCUUCCUCACUGGCACGCCCGUAUCCAGUCUGUAUCAUCUCAAGGAUCUCGACAACUCUGAUGCGGCCUUUUUCGUUUUUCCUGAUCUUGGCGUCAGGAAGGAAGGUCGGUACAGGCUCAAAUUGACCUUGUUUGAGAUCAUCGAGCAAGAAGUGUAUUACUGCACCACUACAUUCACAGACACAUUCUCCGUCUUUUCGGCCAAGAAAUUCCCGGGAAUGCAGCGUGCCACUGACCUGUCACGCUCGUUUGCAGAGCAGGGUCUCAAGAUUCGUGUUAGGAAAGACGUCAGGAAGCCUACAGUCAAGCCGAAGCGCAAAAGUACGGCUCAGGACUCCGAAUCGGAAAGCAUUCCGGAGACAAAACGAGCACGUCCUCAUCACUCUGCAGAACCACGAUCCUAUCAACCUGAAUACCCUUAUCCUCCCCAGCCGAGUUACUUCUACAACACCCACGGCGGGGCGCAACCCAUGCCCCCACCUCCCGUCCCAUAUGAUCCCUACCGCCAACAGCCAGCCGCUACCUACUCCUUUCGAGGUCAGCCUCAGCCUCAGCCUCAGCCCCAUCCUCAUCCUCAUCCUCAGCAUCCCCCUCCUCGUCACUCCGUAGCGCGCCAUUCGCUGCCUGCUGGCUAUCCUCGUGCCAUGCCACCAGGCGGAGGCAGUACCCAUGGGCCGCACGACUACCACGCAUGGCAGCAUCAAGAACGUUCCCGCGCUCAUGCGAGCGGUGCUCGACCCAUCACUCCAGAUAUGCACGGGCAGAGCCGAGACUACCGUCGACGCUCUCCUGCCUACUCCUCCCCACCACCGCCUCCCCCUGCUCAGCAGACCUCAUCAAGCUCUACGUCUGUCCGAUCUCCUCGCCGAUCCGGUCGACAGGACCCACUCCCAGGUUACAGAUCGACAGAUGGAGCGAAAUCGCCUCCAUCCUGGCGAAUGUCUCCGAAUCACCGUCAUUCUGCUCUUCCGCCCCUCAACAUUCCGCCUCAUACUCUGUCCAAUGGUCCGGAUGGCAGAGAUGUAAAUCCGGGCAUGAAUGGCAGUGACAGCACAGCGAGUCCCGUAUCUGGCGGUGUACGGCCCAACGGUGGCGGCAAGCCUGCCAAUCGGAUGGGACUAGGACAUCUGAUGGACUAG